AUGCUCAAAUCAAAACAGAUAAGACCCGGUUACAUUCCCCGCUAUUUUGACGUGGCUGUCAAUCUGUGCGACGACAUGUUCAAGGGUAAGUACAGAGACAACCAGCAUCACGAAUCGGACUCAAACUCUGUAUUAAGAAGAGCACGGCUGUUGAACGUCGACCGUAUUCUUCUCACUGGCUCGUCCUACCAGGAAUCGCGAUGGUCGAUCGACGAGGCUCGUCGUAUCAACGCUAUUGGAGACGUCACACAGUACCCUCAGCUCUACACCACCGUGGGCGUGCAUCCUUGCACUGUUCUUGAAUUUGAGCCAGACCCUGAAAGUCACCUCGACAAAAUCCGACGUCUGAUCAAAGAAAAUCUGCAGGAUGGCACUAUCCGGGCAUUUGGAGAAAUUGGUCUAGACUACGACAGACUGCACCAUACACCAAUGGAGAAACAGAGACUGUACUUUGAGAUGCAGCUGAAACUGGCCACCGAAUUCGACCUUCCUCUUUUUCUACACAUGAGGAAUGCACUCGACGAUUUCUUGAGUAUUCUUCUUCCAUUUAUAGACGGAAGCAGAGCAGACGGGCUGGUUCUGAAGAAUAAAAACGUGCUUGUUCACUCAUUCACCGGAACAGAACAGGACCUGGAGAGGAUUUUGCAACAGCCGUCAUUUUUUGUCAGUGUCAACGGCUGCUCGCUGAAAACGGAGGAAAACUGUGCGGUGGCAGCCAAAAUUCCUUUGGACAGAUUGCUGAUCGAGACGGACGCCCCGUGGUGUGAGAUUCGGCGCACACACUCAUCAUACAACAACCUGACCAAAUGUCCAAACGAGUUUUAUCCAUUCGAAUAUGACAUUCCUCAAGAACUCUUGCCAAAAACGACCGCGAAAAAGGGCCCUAAAUUGGUUCUCAACGAGUUUCUGCCAAUUCCAUUGGUCAAGUCCGACAAACUGGCCUCCUUCCUCCAAUCAGAAGAGAGCAAGAAACUGGUAGAUCCAAUGGUCAAAUCGAGAAACGAGCCGUGUCUUGUAGGCCAGAUCGCCGAGAUCAUGUCUAAACUGAAAAAGACAGAGCCACAAACAAUUAUAGACUCCUGCUACCAAAACUCUCUUCGGUGGCUCGACUUAUCAUAGAGAACUUCAUUAUUAAAUACAUCUACCUGAGGCAUUUUAUUACCAGCAAAUCUAUGCCAUAGAAUCAUUUCUCUUCUUCCUCGAUCUCUACCAUUUUAUCCUUAUCCUCGUCAUUCUCUGCCUCGGCCUCACCGCCCAUGACACCCAGAGACUGGAGAAUGGACGAGGUGGAAGAGUCAAGGUAGAUGAUGUUGUUGUUGGUCGAUAUGUUAGAGGCGGCAAGAAGUUGCUGGAUAAGCAUUGGAGACCCGCUAAACUCGCUCUCGAGUCCACCGUCUUCGUCGCCUUCGUCUCUGCUUCUCAUACCAAGACUGCCUCCACGCGGUUGUUCGUCGUCGCGUGCGUGCUGGAAUUUCGAUUCGAUGUUCACCUUGUAGAGAUCCAUGGAAAGGUCGUCAGGAGACAUGAGCUUGUCAACGUCGUCUACGCGGUCUCCUAUCUUGGCGUACCACUCCUCCAAAGUCUGGCCGUGCAGAAGAGCAACAAUGCACACACUCAUGUUGUCGCAGCCGAUUCCCGAACCACCAGAACUGGGAGCCAGACAUGUGUCCAUCAUCGACUCACAAAUUUCCGUCAGCGAUUGCUUGAGUUUGAUGCCACGUCUUACAAAAUCGACCACCUGUUGCGAUGUCAGACAAUCCCAUAUUCCGUCACAGGCAAGAACAAUGAACUCGUCAUCUUUUGUAGCUUCAUGAACCAUAACGUCAGGAUAUGCGGUCACCACCUGUUCCUCAGCAGGCAGAUGCGGCGACUGCUUGAAUUCGAAAUCUCCAAUUCCUCUGGACAACGCCAAGUUCCCGUUGACACGCCCCAGAUCGACGUAUCCUCCGGCAGCAACAAUUCGAGCCUUCUCUCCUUCAUUAGUUGGCUUGUGGUCAAAUGACAACGGUUUGCACUGGCCGUUGACGCUCAUGAUCGUUCUCGAGUCUCCAGCAUUGCCGCAAUAAAUUUCAUCUUUGGAAAUAAUCACGCAAGUUGCAGCACAUCCUGAGGGAUCUUUGGACAGUUCCUCGUCGUUUAAAAUGGCCACAUCACAUGCCAGAAAGCCGUCUUUGAGACUCUGUGAAUACUCUCUGGAUUGAUAGCUUUUCGUGGCUUUCAAGAUGCCGGGUAGCUUUUCGCCCGUAAAGAGCGCCACCUUCUCUCCUCCGUGUCCAUCGUAAACACCAAAGAAGGCGACUUGUUCCUCGUCAGUAUUGCUGUCGUUCAUGUUCAAAAUGGUGGAAUGCGAGUCCUCCAUUGAAAUCCGCCAUCCUUGCAUACAAGAUAACCCGUACGCAACAAAGCUAUCGCCGCCCUCUUCGGACGUCUUUUCCGUCACUGGUUGUGAUAAUAUUUGACCCAUAUGUAAAGCGUCGCGUUUACUGAAGUCACUGGUGAAAUUUCAAGGCUAAAUAGUGUAUUGCUAAAAUACUUUUAUCUUGCCAUUCACUUUUG